CAUUUCUUCAAUUUUUUGCUUGAACUAGUAGAAAUAUAUCAGAUGAAACUCGGUGUGAGUAACACAUAAAUCAGUUGGUCUAUUAACUGCCAUGUCAUUUUGUGCAACGAUGAAUGAAGAACGGUGUUUGAAUUAUUAUUUUACAUGUUCUUUCAAAAUCUAUAGCCUCUUCGCAUACAUUUACAUAUGUAGAUGUUUCAUUAUAUCACGUAUUGCAAAGCAUACAUUCGAAGUAAAGUACACGAAAGAUCUCAUACAAUCGAUAAAUUUCUCCUAUAAUAUAAUAAUACUCCUACUUCUAUAUUCCUGUCCAAUUAACAAAGUAUUUUAGUAAAUUAUCCAAGCUUAUUUAUUAAUGAUAAAUAUCGAGUAUUGAAGAAGGAUUAACUUGGCCUUAGAAAAUAAUACAUAUUUAAAACAACUAAUCUCGAAUGGUUUCGAGCGUCCUCUUUGACGUUGCAUAAUUCACGCUGUCUAUUUAUUUCAAUAAUCAAACAAUUUCAAAGUAAUCGAAUUAAUUUGAGGCAAAUAUUUCAUCAUGAUGUUAACGUAAUAUUGCGUGGAUGUAUUAAUUAUUGUUUGCGAGAAUUUUGUCUUAUCGAUAAUAAUAGGUUACGUUUGAGUUUCUCGGCUGACGUUUAGAACAUCGAAUCUGUACGUAGAGAACACGAGAUCGAGAGUACGCAAGUAGUAGUUUUUGAAUUGAUUACAAGUAAGGUAGGUAUAAUUUUAAAAAUGUAACGUGAGCACAUUGAAAGAAAAUGUUAUUUUUAUCGGGGAAAAAGUACUGAAACAUAAUGAAAUGGCAGCGACACUGUUGAAAAUAUACGGAAGUUUGAUUCUCAAAUAUCCGAAUCACGUUUCGAAAUGCAAUACAAUUGGAAAAGGAAAAAUAAAUUUUCAUACUACGGCAAAAAAUUUCGAAGUGAAAUGCGACGAUAGACCGUUUUUUAGAACUCGUUUAGCUUUACCACCCGAUUACGAGAACGUAGUAGAUUUUAUGUGCGAAGCGUACUACAAAUACGAACCGUUAAUCAUUAACAUCGGUUUGGCGGGCACGGAAGCGCCACCUAUUUGGAGAACUAUGAUGUUUGAUCAAGUAAAAGGGGGAUACUCGAUUAUUGCCGAGGAUCGAGACAACUGCAUCAUCGGCGCCGCCUUAAAUUGCGUGGUGGAUUCUAGCGAUGCGGACAAAAUGUACUGUUUAGCAAAAUGUUGCGCGGAAGGACCGAUGCGCGAUCUCAUCGAAUUUUUCGGCUUCGUUUCGGAGGCGCCCAAACUUUGGGAACGAUUUUGCGUAAUGACAAUCUUCGAACAAGCUAGCCUAGCAGUAAGGAAAGAUUUUCAAUCAUUGGGGAUCGGGAAAAGACUGAUCCAGGAAAGUUGGCACUUGGCGCGCGAUUGUGGUUUCCGGUUAUUCAGGAUGGAUUGUAACAACAGCUUUUGUUCAAGAAUAUGUCAAGGAUAUCGGUGGGAAAUGAUUUGGCAUAUACCGUUCAGUCAAUACACGAAAAACGGUAAAGUUGUAUUUAAAUGCGUGAAGGAACCUCAUACGGUGUGCCGAGUGUUUAUCGAUCGAUUACAAUAUUGCAAAACUUACUGCCCUCCUUAUAAAGAAUGUAAAUCGCCUAUACCUCCUCCAGAGAAGUUUUAAAAAAAAAAAGAAACUGAAAUAUAUAUUUAU